AUGGGAAAUCUAUCACUGGACACCACCGACCCAGUCCAGCUUUCUAAAUUCUUCUCUGACUGUGGUCGAACUUACCCAUUUUACGGCAUCCCACCGGAGGAGAUCCCAGAAUCGCCAUUUUUCUCCCACGUAUUUCAAAAUGCGCUGCUCAAUGGGAUUCAGCUUGCGAGAAACUCGGCCACCAUACUCGAACAAUUGCUUGCCCGCCAAAAUCGCCAUGAACAUGCUGGGAGCUCUGUGAAGCAAGCAGGCGAAUUGAACUUUGGCACUAAGACUAUUGCCUUUCUAGGAAACUCAGGAGUGGGCAAGAGCAGCGUAAUCAAUUCUCUCCUUGACUUCCCUGAUAUUGCUUCAAUUGGGGACAUGAGCUCAGCUUGCACCACGGUCGUUACCGAAUACAGGCAAAUGGGUUUGGGCCAAGCCCAGCGCAUCAAAAUUGAGGUCGAGUAUCUUUCCGAAAUGGCUAGCAAAGAACACAUCAAAGAACUUUUGUGGAGUUUCCGCCGCAGCAUCUUUUUACCAGAUGUUUCAGAGGACUCAUUGAGCGCAAGUGACUACACAAAAGAUGAGGAGUCAAAACAGGCCUGGCUCGCUUUAAGUGCGGCUUUUGGCAGUGAGGAAGGAUUUAACCAUAACUUCCUUUGCGAUCAGUCCGACAGAGCUUUCGAACGGAUAACCGACCAAUUGGUUUGGUGGUCCAAAAAUAUCCCAUGGCCUUCAGGGAGCACUGACGGUAAAUGGACCACAUAUGCAGAGACUGCAGAUGAGUGCUUCGAGUAUAUAAGACCGUUCGUGCGUGAUAGGCUCUGGCCGUUUACUAGGAUUAUUCGCAUGCUCUUUAGGAUAUUCCUUGAUGCUCCAAUUUUGAGAGUGGGACUUGUCAUUGCGGAUUUACCUGGUCUCCAGGAUACGAAUCUAGCAAGAGUCAAAGCAGCACAGGAAUAUCUUACUAAAUGUGACCACAUAUUCCUGGUUGCUGAUAUCUCUCGGGCCCUCACUGACCAAUCUCUGAAAACGUCCUUGGAGUCGGCAAUUUCUCAUUCUGCACCAUCGAGUGGGGAAGAUUCAAGGGGGAAGGGAUUACGAAUCGCGGUGAUCUGCACAAAAUCAGAUGUCAGUAUUCUCUCAACACGAGGACACAACAUCACUAAUAACAAAAAGGUGAUCAAUGUCAAAGCAGCUCAAAGAGAACUUCGAGGCUCGGAAUCCGACUUUCCGAUUUCUCGGAUCGAAGGACUGGACUCCGCAAUCGAGCAAGCUACUAGUCAAGCCCACAAGCAGCAACUGAUGCGGGAGAAGGAAAUACUUUUCAUUGAAGGCAGAAACAGACACGUGGAAAGAGGACUCAAGACCGUGUACGAGAAUAGUUUGGACGGAGACCUGAAUGUCUUUUGCGUGUCAAACUUCCGUUACGAAGAAUGUUCUCGUCAACAGGACAGUGAGAUGGAUCGAAGAUUGCGUGCUAUAAGCGGUAUUCCCGAACUGCGAAAAUUCUGCUACUUCCUGUCCGCAGAUUCGAGGUUACGCGACGCUAAAAACUUUCUUCGAGCGACGCUGCCCAGUCUAAUUACCUCGAUAAGCAUGCACUGUAGAGACAAAGAAUCAUUGAUGCAAAAGCCACGGGAUCCGAUGAAGUUUGAUAUUUCGGCAAUGAGGGGAAUAAGAGAUGUGAUCUUGAGUGAUCUCGAGAAAGCCGAGAGAAACCUGGAGAUGUGUUUCAAAGAUUGGAUACUCGAGUAUUCUGAUAACCGUCAGGCGCACUGGCAAGAAGUUGCAACAAAGAAAGGGCUUGAAUGGAUUGAUUGGCCCUGGGUGAAAUACCGAACCUGUUGCCUCAAUAGAGGACGACAUAUCCCUUCCACGGGAAAGUACGUUGACUGGAACAGUGAACUGAUUUGGAAAAUGCGGGCGGAAUCCGACUUCCAGUGGGAUGGACUCGAGGAUGAGCUUCGUGGGAUAAUUCAAGACCUAUGCGCUUCCAUCCGGUACAGGUUCGGGGCUUUGAAGAAGUUCCAAUUUGGGGCUCAUGGAUUUCCCUCCAAAAUGAUUGAAAGCCUUGACCAUCAGCUGCAGGAAGUCAAUUUCCAAUACGAAAACUCGCAAAGAGAUUUGACCUCAGAAAUCCGAAGCAUUCGUGCUAAGACGUUGGAGUCCAACGAGGCGUCAUUUAUUGUGCAAGAGAUGAUUCCUGCUUACCGAGCUGCAGUUACAAGCCCUGACAAGGCCAAAGCUCAGCGCGACAUAGUUCAAGGCCGGAUUGAGAGUGGAACACUUUUUCCCAACAUCAUCCGUGCGGUUUCAAACAGCAUGACCAAUGUAUCUCGAAGAUUUUUUGACGACAUGGCAAAUAUCACCGGAGAGGUGUUCAAGCACAUCGAACGCGAUGUGUACUCAGCCAUGGCUCAGAAGGAGAAGGAGAACCAGGCCCGCGAUGGGCAACAACACAGAGGGUCGGAUUUUGAAGUUCAGCUUCCGCACAAGCUCGGCCGCUUGAAAGACAAACAUGCAAGGAUCCUGAUGCAAAUCGCUGAUUUUUGA